AUGUCCGAUGGUCAACUUGAAAGGACGUUAGCCGAUAAACCAACUAUGCAGAGACAUAUCCGAUGUGCUCUUGGAGAAGGUCCUUGUGAUACCGUCGGAAUACGACUGCGAACGUUGGCACCAUUGGUGUUGCGAGGAGCGUGUCCGCAAUGUACAAUUCAAGAAACGAGACAAAUUCGUCGCACCUUGGCUUUUGUUCAGAGAAACUUUCCUUGGGAGUGGGCAAAGAUUGUUCGUCAAUAUGGCUGA